GAAGAACACAACUGGAGUGAAAAUUCAAUUAUUUUUCCUAAUCGAAUGGGAGAUCUUCAAGGCAAUACAUUGCCAAUUCUGUUUGGAGGAAUACAGAUGUUGUUUUCCCUGUCAAAAAAACCAAAUGGUGAAACAGUUAUUGGUGGAAUGUUGGGGCAUUUAUUUCAUGCGUUUGCUAAGAGACAUAAUGCCACAUUGAACUUAUCUAAUGCUAAUAAUACUUUAUCGCCGCAUGAUAUUCAUGAAUGUGUUCUUAAUGGAAGUGUGGAGAUAUCAGGUACUGGUUUGGUAUUAGUACAAGCUCCAAUGCAAUGGUUUUCAUAUCCAUAUGCUAUUUUUGAUUGGGGUGUAAUGCUGCCCGUUGAACAAAACAUUCCAAUUUAUAAAGUGUUUGCACUGGUUUUUCAUUGGAAGGCUUUUGUUAUUACUGUUGUGUUGUUAAUAUUGCUAUCUAUAUUGCUAACAGUAGCUACUAAGCUCUCAGGAUCACAACGAACUUUCUACUUCAAUAUUGACAGUUUUCGUGGAAUUCUCGGACAACCGUUCUCUGAAACACCAAGAACUUCUUUAACUUCAAAAAUCAUCUAUUUUCAAAUUUUUCUAUUGGGAAUAAUAAUAGUAACUUCUUACGAUGCAUUUCUUCAGUCUUUUAUGACAAAACCGCUAAAAGGAAAAAUUAUAAAAUCUUUUGAUGAUCUUCAACAAUCAGGUUUGAAGAUCUACACGCUUCAAGCUGAUAUGGAUGAAUUAUUUUACAAAUUAAGUCCGACCAUUAAGGAGAAAUAUUCCAACUUAUUUCUAGGUGAAAAAAACUUUGCGACUUUUGUGAGUUUUCGCGAUUCUUUAAAUACCAAAUAUGCCUACACUCUGCCUCAACCUAGAUGGAAGAUUUAUGAAAAUCAACAAAAUUUCUAUGGCAGAAAAUUGUUUCGUUGGUCUGAAGACUUGUGUUUUGUGGAAAAUUUCUUUGCAGGUAUUUCUAUUAAUGAAAAUUCAAUUUAUAAGAAUAUUUUGAAUUUUCAUAUUUUGGAAACACAAUCGAGUGGAUUGUUUGAUUUUUGGAUGAAGAGAACUUUUUAUGAAUUAAUGGCAAUUGAAAAAAUUCAAAAGUUAAAUUUUGGAUUUGAACCGAAGUUACAAUCACUAAAAGUUGAAGAUUUGAAGUGGGUUUGGUUAUUUUUGGAAUAUGCAUUGAUGAUUGCUUCUUUGUGCUUUCUUUGUGAAAUAAUUGUUUUCAAGAGGAAUAAUUGGAGGGCUAAGAUGAAAGCAAUAUUUAAAAUAUAA